GUCCUAAAAAUGUACGUAGAUGCAGAAAAAUGGAAUACAAAUUUGGGAAGAGAUGUUAUUCUGCAGUAUGGAGUUGAGUUGAUUAACAAAACCGUGAAAGAUGACUUAGUGCCUCAGCUACUGUUAGACACAGUUAAAGAGAUUUAUCAGGAUAUAAAUUCAAAUAUAUCAAGCCUGGAUGCUCUAGCUUUUUAUAAAGAAUUGGAAAAUCAAACAGUUGGUAAUAUCGCACCGAAAGUGAUCACUUCAGAGCUGAAUAAAGUCCUUCAACCAAAAGAAUUCACUCAGUCAAAUAAUAUACACAAAAUCAAUUCUGAAACAAAGCCAGCAAUAGAAUGGCAUGAAACAGUCGGGUGUACAGUUUUAGCUGACAGGGCUGUAAAAAAUGCUCUGGCAUUUGACAUUCUAGAAUGUGUCUUACAGGAAGUAUUCACACAUGCAAUACCAAAACUUGUAAGUAUUAAACAUACAGUAUAUAGUUUUUUUCUUUUCAUGUGUACAUUGGGAUUUGAUUAUUGCACAACACAGAGAAUUGAUAUGUUUAUAUGA